CUAAUAUAUUUUUUAGAAGGUGAAUUAUUACGCUUUUAAUGUUUAACUUGUUUUAAAUUUAUCGUUAAUAAAAGUAAUAUUAAGAAUUCAAGACUAAGUUUUGAAUAAUUUUAAAAUUUUUGGAAGUGUUUUGUCAUUUAUUUAUUUUUGAUAAAUCAAUAUGAGUUCAUCAACACUGCGAAGUGGUACCGGCAGUGAUGAACAAAAGAGUUUGAAGAGGAAAUCUUCUAAAGCUUCAAAAUUACACGAAAUGGAUACUUCCUCAUCUGUAGAAAAAGACCAGUCUACUGGAACUGAUCAGCAAACUCCCAAUUCAAUUUUCGAAACUUCAGAUCAAACAAAAUCAUCAAGUACGCAAAAUUUAGCCUCAUCUCGAACACUUACUGCAUUCGAUACAUUAGAUAGUCCUAGGACUGUUUCCAAACCAAAGUGGCCAAAAAAACCUCAAUUAAGCGUCACUGCAAAGAUUACAGAGACAACGCCGAUGCAACAGAAAAAGAAUCUAUUUACUGGCAGAGCUACUAAAAAAGCUGCUGCUACAAGUAAUAUACCUAUUUUAUCCAAGCCGCGUAAUGUAAAAAAGCCUGAAACAAAGCUUCCAAAAUAUCAACGGCCUAUCAAAAAUUCUGCUAGAAUGUUACCAUCGGCUAAAGGUUUGAUUGGAACAGUAGUACCGCAAAAAACUGACAAUAAAGUAGAUGAUUCAACUUCACUAAAAAGCCAAUUUUCGAAUUCGUUGUUAACAACAAACAAGAAUGGAUGUAUAACCGUAGGUGACAGUGAAAUUGUAGGACUAACUGCACGUGAACGUGUGCUGGAGAAAAAUAAAUUAACCGUAUUCGAAGUUUUGCAGAAAAAAUUGGAAUCAUUGCAGUCUGAGUUUAUGCAAAAAUUCUCAACAUUGAAAAAAGUUUCACCAGAUAAACUCAAGGCGGAUUACAAAUUUGUUACAAUGGUUAAAAAUGACGAGGGUCGAUUGAUCGUCUCGCCAAGUGAUUUAAUAAAUAUGCCAAAACUUCCCGUGGAAUCUAUAAACGACAUAAAGCAAAAAAUGAAGGAAACAUCUAAUGCAUGUUUAAUGUAUCUUAUUGAUGUUUUAAAAAGUGUUCGAAAUAAAAGCAGUGAUGAUCGAGAAAUUAUUUUGGAGGAUGCAUACAAUGCUUUGGAAGACAAACAGGAUGAACGCAUUGAAAAAUUGUUUGAACAUUUUCAAAAAUACCUUGAUAAAAAAGCUGUCGAUUAUGUAUCCAUUAAUGAGAGGUUACAGAAAGAAAUUAGGGAUACAAAAAGGAAUUUGGAAGCUACUGAAAAUGAACUCAAGAAGGUGAAAAGUUCACAGGAGGCAAAAAUAAAUGAGCUUGAAGUGAUUGUAGACAAACAAAAGGAAGAGCUCGAAAGUCUUGAAGCUGAAUUGGAUGAAAAAUCUGAUAAAAUAUUUGAGAUAACUUCUUGUAUCGAAAAAAUUGAAAUUGAAAAUGAAGACUUGAAAUUAAAAAUUAAAGAAUAUAGCGAAGCAAGUGAUCCGAUGGAAUCGAAAUAUAUAUCAGAAAUUAAAACCUAUAAAGAAAAAAUUGAAGCUUUGACUAAAAAAAAGAGAGAUAUUGAGGAAAAAUUUUCACAAUUAGCUGAUGAAAGAGAUGAAAUAGCUGAGAAAUUUCGUAAAGUUAGUGACGAUGUAUACACCGCCAAAAUAAAAUUGGAAGAAUUUAAAAAGAAAGCUAAUAAUGAUUUAGAGCGCUCCAAACAUAAAUAUGAAGAAAAUCAGCACAAAUUCGAAAUGGAGUUAGAAGCAGCAAAAAGGGAAUUGGAAAGGAGUCGACACAAAUCACAAUCUGAUCUUAGUACAUCGAAAGAAAAAUUGGAAACUAUUCUCCAAAAAACUCAAACACAAUUGAAAUUCACGCAGGAAAUGUUGGACGAAACCCGUCUUAAAGCUGAGGAGGAAUUAACUAACACGAGAAAUGAAUACGAGGCAAAUCAACUAAAACUUCAAUCUGAUUUGUCGGAAUGUAAAAAGAAAUUAAAAGCAACUGAAAAGAAGUCGAAAUCUGAUUUGACAGCAUUGCAAGAUCAAUUAAAGUCUCAACAAAUGACUGAUGCUGAUCCAAAUGAAGACCGUUUAAAGUUCUACAUGUUAGAAUUAGAGGCACAAAAAGCCAAAUGUGAGACUUUAAAACAAGAAAAGAAGGCUAUAUGUAUUGAUAUGUCUUGUAUUCAAGAGGAAUUCAAAGAUUCGAAGAAAAUGCUUCUGAAUGCUGAGAAUAAAAUAAGAGAACUAACUGAUGCUUUAGAUUAUCAAACGAAUAUUGCUCAACAUGCUUUACCUAUGAGAUCAGACGACUACGAGGAGUUAAUGUCAUUAAGAGAAGCUGAAAAGAAAAAGAAAAUUGAAAUCGAAACUCUUCGCAAUAAAAUUAAUGCAAUUUACAAAGGUGAACCAAUGGUUGAAAGUCAAGGCGAUUAUGACUUCACAUCACAAAACAGUACUGGUGCAGAUUGCAAAUUAGUAGCAUCUCUUGGAGAACAGAAUACAAAAAUUUGUAAGUUAAAUAAAAAAUUAGUUGAAAGAGAUGAAGAAUACAAGAGUCUUUUCAAAACUUUAAAUCACAAGCAAGUAGAUGUGGUUCGUUACGAGCAUAUGAUUAGAUUAUUGGUUAACAAUAACGAACGUAGUCAAAUGUUACGGGUUAGGAUGGAGGAAAAACUGGCUUCUAUGGAAGAUGAGAUUCGCCAUUUACAGCAAACUAUACGAAUUUACCAGCAGCAUAUUGUUAAAAUGAUAUAAAUCACACCUCAGUUAAAUCUAUCAA